AUCGCGUCCGACGUUCUUCUCUCUGAAACGCUACAGUGCCCUAACCGUCUUCACCCGCAACGGCACCCAUCCCCCCACGCCACGCGUCCCUGCGCGAGUCUUUCGGUCUCUCGGGUACCCAGCGAAGAAAAAGGCGGAAGGGCGAACAAAAAAAAAACCGCAGCAACUCGCACUAGACUCGAAGGGCCGGACCGGAUCGGAGACUCCCCCCGAAUCAAGGAAAUCAAAUCAUCAACCAAAUAUAGAGGCGGGGAGGCGGAAAUAAAAGGGGAAGUUGGAGGAAGUUUUCGCAUAGGAGAGCGAGCGAGCGAGCGAGAGCGAGAGCGAGAGAGAGAGAGAUGGAGGAGAGGGAUAAGCAUGUGUAUACAGCGCAGCUAGCGGAGAAGGUGGGGAGAUACCAUGAAAUGGUGGAGUCCAUGAAGAAGAUCGCUAGCAUGGACGUAGAGCUGACAGAAGAGGAGAGGAAUUUACUGUCAGUUGCAUAUAAAAAUAAGAUUGGUUCGAGGAGAGCAUCAUGGAGGAUCUUCUUUUUACUUGAAGUGAAGGAGGGGAAGAAGGGGAAGGAGCAAAGUCUUAAGAGGAUACGGGAGUACAAGAAGAGAGUUGAAUAUGAGCUCACACAGAUCUGCAAUGACAUCUUGUCCAUCAUUGACAUCCAUCUUCUUCCAUCCUCCACUGCUGGUGUAUCCAUUGCCUUCUUGAACAAGAUGAAAGGGGAUUAUUACCGAUAUUUGGCUGAGUUUAAGACCGGGAUUGAAAAAAAAGAAGCUGCGGAGCAGUCAUUCAUGGCUUACGAGGCUGCUACCAGCGCUGCUAGGACAGAUCUGCCUCCCAGCAAUCCAAUAAGGCUUGGCCUUGCCCUGAAUUUCUGUGUGUUCUACUAUGAGAUUAUGAAUUGUCCUGAAAGAGCAUGUAUCUUGGCUCAACAAGCAUUUGAUGAGGCUAUUACGGAGAUCGAUUCCCUCAUUUUAGAACCUUCCUUCAAAGAAGAAUCUUAUAAGGACACCUCAAGUAUUAUGCGGCUUAUCAGGGAUAAUCUCACAGUAUGGGCAAUGGAACUGCCAGAAAAAGGAGGUGAACAAAUCCAAGGACGCUAACAUUGAUAUGGAGGAAUAGGUGGUGCGCACAAAGGGGGUGUUGCUUGGUCUAGGCCCUUGAACUGCAGUCGGUGAAGGAGAUAGGUGGCUCCAGUAUGCUGGUGGCUUAAAAGUAGUGUCUUCCUUUUCUUUUGGAUUUAGCUGAUGUAUAUUUACAGCUUUCUUACAAGUUUGGAACAGUGAAAUUCAGUUUCCAGGCAUUCCUUAACCCAAAAUGUUUAGACAUUUAUUGGAGCCUCUUUCAGUGAUGCUGGUUUUAGAAAAUGUUGCAAUCUUGGAAUGCGCUGUCAUUAUUGAUUUGA